AUGAUCCAUCAUCAGCCCACAAAGUAUCACCAUGCGAACCCGUUGACACACUUCCUCAAUCUGCAUACUUCCCACGCAACGGCCGCUGCUGCUGCAGCCCUCGCUCUCGCCUCCGACGCUGGGCUGGGACAACACCAUCAUGGCCAUCACUCCCACCAUGGACAUCCGGUGACCGGAACCAACACCCAUCAGCAUCACCAUCUAUCCAGCAGUUCACAGCAGCACUACCAACAGCAAAUGGAAGGUCAGCGUCAACACCGAGAGGAUAUUAACGCAGGUGUUGGGUACCGGGGAAAAACCUGUAAAUUUGAGACACAAACAGAUGAGGACGAGGAAGGACAGGACGAUAGUAGCAACGAGCGAACCUGUGCCGGAGACCGGAAACGUCCGUUCGAUAGGGGGAGCGAGCAGGAGAGACAAGAAGAGUUGAGUGAAUCGGAGAACAACGUUGAUAUCGAUGUAGAUGAUCGUGAGACUGGGGAAAGUGAAGGCAGAGGGAUUGUUGAGUAUGAUCACCAGGAGAACGGCAGAGAAGGUUGUAGAACAUCAAACAGUCUACGUGAGCAACCGCGAUGUAGUAAAGAAAUGGUUAGCUCUAGUGACGUUGAGGAGGAAGACGAAGAAGAUGACGAGGAGAUUAUCAUAGAUGGGAAAGGAUCAAAGGGCGAAGGCGGCUUCAGGGAUGGGGACGAAAACAUGCAUAGAAACAACCAUGCUGGGUGUGCCAGUCCAUGUACCAACGAAGCAAACACCGCCGUACUUGAAACGGAUGGAUUUGUCGGAAAAUCGUUCACAAUAGCGGCCAUUUUGGGGCUCAAAAAGAAGCAAGACGAGGCGGCUGCAGCGGCGGCUGCCAACGAGUACAGUGAUGGCGCUAUGAAUCUCUCCACGGGAGCCACCUUCCAGCCACAACAGCAUCAACAAAGGGCAGCUGCUGCAGUGGCUGUUGCUGCGGCGGCCAUGGGUCGUUUACCGCUCGUAAUGGCGGCAAUGGAAAAGCGGGAGCGUGCCGACAGUGUGGACAGUGCGGAUACUUGCGGUGGACCGCUAGGGUACGGACCGCUACGUCCUCUAAGUGCUGGCCAUCAUCAACCUGGUGCUACAGGAGGAGGAGCUUUAACGGCCCUGCAAAGCCUACACCAACUACCGGGUCUUCACGGCACUGGAGGAGGCUUUUCAGCUUUUCAUCCAUCCACUGGUGGCGUUGGGGUUCAUCCAAAUCUUCAUCAGCAACAUCAGCAUCAUCCCGGGAACCACCAUCACCCCCAUCACCAUCAUCCUGGAUUCGGAGGCCAUCACCAUUUUCAUCACAAUCAGGGGCAACCAACUCCACAACACCCCCAACAGCAGCAGCAACAACAACAGCACCAGAAUCAACACCAACAACUACAUCUUCAGCAACAUUCCACGCAUCAACAACAACAGCAGCAGCAGCAACAGCACACUACUGGUGGACAUCAUAUGGCAUUGGGGCCACAUCAUCAUAGUCAAAAUCAUAACAGGGAUAAGUUUAAAGAUCUUGCCAAAAAGUCCAAUCUUUCAUCAUCAGCCGCAUCGCUCAAGAGCAAAAGAGUUCGUACAAUUUUCACCCCAGAACAGCUGGAACGUCUUGAGGCAGAAUUCGAACGGCAGCAGUACAUGGUUGGUCCGGAGCGACUCUAUCUGGCACACACGCUUCAGCUGACGGAGGCGCAGGUUAAAGUGUGGUUCCAGAAUCGUCGAAUUAAAUGGCGCAAGCAUCAUCUAGAAAUCACACAGCAACGGUUAGCAAUGAUACGGCAACGGCAGAUAGCGAACGGAUUACCGAUCGGGACUACACCAGGUCCACAGGCUCAUCUCGCCCAACCGGCGCAGGCACAAGGAGGCAUGAGUGGAGGCCGGAUGGUUAACCAGAUCGACUCGCCGGAUCUGACUAUUUGUACCGAUUCCAUGGAUGCACGCAGUGCUAGUGAAGGUGACGACUAA